GAACAACCAGCGCGGUCCCCGUGAACAGCAUCGACGUCGUCGUUGCCGAGUAACGUCUUCAUGGCUCCACGUGUCGUCGUUUCCUCGACGAUGAUCGCACUCUCGUUGAUCCUUCUGUUCGCCUGCUGGCCGUCACACAGCCAGGCAGGUCUGCUCAAGUUCUACGAGUCCGUACCUGAGAAUAUCCAACCGGACAGAAGGAUUCCGAUCGACGACUACACGAUACACGGACCGAACGUCGACGAUCAGGAGUUCCCUCGUGAUCUAAGGGAACCUUAUCCGGGCAAAAGUUUCGGUCCUAUGGGUCCCAUCGACGGAUCGUUGCCCGACGACGUGUCGUUUCGAAGCUUGUCACCUGCACAGGGCAAAGGAGCUGGCACAAUAGAGCACAUGGCGUCUCAUUCGAUCGAAGAUGGGAACACGGAGCGCGCGAAACCGGAGUACAAGAUCAUGUCCGUGGAGUUUCAUCGCGUCGAGACGCCAUUCGUGAUCGGUAUAUGGAUCUUCUUCGCCAGCAUCGCGAAAAUAGGCUUUCACAUGGCGCCGAAGCUCAGCAAGAUCUUUCCGGAGUCCUGUUUGCUGAUUGUUGUCGGCGUUGUCGUUGGUGUCUUACUGUUCCACGCGAGCAGCGUCCACGUGUCGCCGUUAACGCCGGACACGUUCUUCCUCUACAUGUUGCCGCCCAUUAUCCUGGACGCUGGCUACUUCAUGCCGAACCGACUGUUCUUCGACCACCUGGGGACGAUACUUCUGUUCGCCGUCCUCGGGACUAUAUUUAACACUUUGUCGAUAGGCGCUUCGUUGUGGGUGUUAGGUAAGAGCGGUCUGUUCGGCUUCGAUACGCCACUCCUGCAAAUGUUUCUUUUCUCCGCGUUGAUCAGCGCCGUAGAUCCUGUCGCUGUGCUAGCCGUCUUCGAGGAAAUUCACGUGAACGAGAUCCUGUACAUCGUCGUGUUCGGCGAGAGUUUGUUGAACGACGCUGUCACCGUCGUGCUGUACCAUAUGUUCGAGGCGUACAGCGAGAUAGGACCGACGGAAAUACUUUACACGGACGUGCUGUCAGGCCUGGCGUCGUUCUUCGUCGUGGCGAUCGGCGGAACGAUAAUCGGCGUGAUAUGGGGAUUCGCCACCGGUUUCGUUACCAGGUUCACACACCAGGUUCGCGUGAUCGAGCCGAUCUUCAUAUUCGUCAUGGCCUACCUGGCCUACCUGAACGCCGAGAUUUUUCACAUGUCCAGUAUACUCGCGAUCACCUUCUGCGGCAUCACUAUGAAGAAUUACGUCGAGGCGAAUAUCUCGCACAAGUCGCACACCACCGUGAAAUACACGAUGAAAAUGUUGUCGAGCAGCUCGGAGACCAUCAUAUUCAUGUUCCUCGGUGUCGCCACUGUGAACAAUCGUCAUUACUGGAACACGUGGUUCGUCGUGAUGACCGUGGUCUUCUGUUCGGUUUAUCGGAUCGUAGGCGUGAUCUUUUUGACGGCCGUGGCGAAUCAAUUCCGACUUCACAAGCUGGACAAGGUAGAGAAGUUCGUGAUGUCUUACGGCGGCUUACGAGGCGCUGUAGCAUUUGCUCUCGUCCUCCUGAUCGACCCGAAACGCGUGUCGUUACAGCCGAUGUUCGUCACCACUACCAUCGCGGUCAUCUAUUUCACGGUGUUCAUACAGGGCAUUACGAUCAAGCCUCUGGUGAAGAUUCUGAACGUGAAACGGGCCGAGAAGAAGAAGCCUACCAUGAACGAGAGGAUCCAUGAACGGAUAAUUGACCACGUGAUGGCCGGGAUCGAGGACAUUUUGGGCAAGCAUGGCAAUUACCACGUGAGAGACAAGUUCAAACGGUUCGACAACAAAUUCAUUCGUCCGUAUCUGGUGAGGGAUCACUGCGGCGCCGAGCCGAAAAUAUUGGAAACGUAUUCGAAACUCGCGAUGAAAGACGCUCUGGAUUACAUUAGAAGGAACGCAUCCACUAUUGGCAAUAUCAGCGGAACUGAAAGCAUGUCCGCGAUAUUCCGCAACUAUAGCAACACGGGACAGUUCAAUGGAAGUCCAAGUUGCAGCCAGCUCGAAGCGGGCUGGAAUAUUGAUCUCCAAGAACUGGAGUACAACCCUUCCAAGAAGGACCUGACGGACGCCAGGAUCCACCAUCUAUUGGCCGAAGAACUUUGCAAGCCUUACAAAAGGGGAACAAAAUUGUUACAGCAUCGGCGGUUAAGCUACAGCCGACACGCGGUGAACGAUCGUGACCUGUCUACCCAAGUCAAUUACAAGAUGCACAUGAACAUUAGGCGUAUGAUGGGAGAGCACAAGCAUCGUCACAAGCGCAGUAAAAAAUUGCUCAAAGACGGCAAGCAGAAUCACGUGAGUUUCCCGGAGUUCCAGCAGAACGGCUCGACGAAGUUGUUCACCCAAGAUUACAUCAACGGCGUUCUCUACGAGCUGGAGAACGGGGACACGUCAAAGCCUUCGAACAAAGAUGACUGGGAGUCCGCGAUAACUUUCACGGCUCGUACUUCCGACUCGUCGAACGUGAAUGCUGAGAACCACCACGGUGCUACCACCACUACCUCAAUGGACACCAUAAAUAUCGACGAUCCAGAUAUGAAAUUGGGACGAGACGAGAGUUACAGGGUAACGACACCUACAGCCACAGAAACCAUGCUACCGUGGAAAAGAGAGGACGAUUACGACACAGGACGUCCUAUUAAACAGAACGAAUUUCCUGCAUGGUGUUCGAACAAAGAGUACCUGGCUUACAGUUCUCCUUCGGCAACAUUUUUAGGUGGGAUCGAGCAGCCAAAGGUCCAGUCGGUAAUUGGUCUAUUCCGUCGUGAAAGCGUGUGCUCCCCGGACGGUAUCGAUUGCCAGGAAACCAUGGACGAACGUGACGAGUACACGCUCACGGGGACAGAGCUCACGGAGGAUUCGCCUACGAAAACUUCCAGCAAGUGCGCAGAAGCAGACGGAAAGAAGGGUCCCACUAGAAGGGUGUCCAUGAUGGAGCUAGGCUCCAUGGAGAGGUCCCAGUCGGACAGGGGCACAGAAGACGGUUCCCAUUCUCUACCAGAAUGCUGGAACUCCCCUCAGCGUGUCCGUAUGAGCUCGUUCCCCUACUCGGCCAGGGUUCCAAGUCUGUCGACCGCCUUGAUCACCUCCUCCUCGGACUCGUCGGAGGACAUCGACGAGGAAGAAGAGAAUGCUUGA